AUGGAAUCUGCAGCUAAUAACAUAGAAAAAAAGCGGAUCGCUACAGUACAUGAACAACAAUGGAAAUUUUCAACUCCUACGUUACCCAAAAUUAUUAUUAAAGCAUGUUCGACUGCUAUUGUUCCGUUGAUGAUCGGCACACUUACUCUUAUACUUGCUUACCAACAGCAUUAUCAAGGUAUCCAAAACCGACAGACGGAUCUUCAUAUAGCUAAAACUCAGGAACAAUUGGAGAAUGAAAAACGACAACAAGAUUUACAUAUUGCUGAAGCAAUUCAACAAGAUACAGUAUUAAACGCAUAUUUAGAAAAAGUAUCUCAACUUUUACUAAGUCAGCAAUUCAAUCUUAGUUCGAAUACACUUAAAUCAAUUAUUCGACCUAAAACUUUAACGACAAUUCGUCAAUUAGAUGCAACAAGAAAAACACUGCUUGUUAAAUUUCUCUACGAAUCAUCUUUAUUAAUGAGACAUGAGACUGUCGAUAGCCGAUGUAAAUCUUCAGAUAAGCAAGAUGUUGAUUUACAGGACGCCAAUCUAAAUGGUAUUAUAAUGGGAAGUCAAAAUAUAGAGACCGAACGUGUUAACUUAUUUCGUAUAUCGCUUUCCAAAGUUACACUUAUUAAUUCUUCGUUUACUUUCUGUUUUUUGAACUGUGCAAACUUCGAGCGAUCUAUAUUAGAUGGUAGCUCGUUUCGUAAUUCUCAUCUUAGAGAUACAAAUCUAAUUCGUACUUCGUUAGCUUAUACAGAUUUUACUGGAGCAACAUUGUCAGGUUCUAAUUUGGACUUAGCUAAUUUGACUGGAUCGAAUAUACUUGACUCACAACUUGUUGAUGUUGACUCAUCAGACCGAACUAUUUUACCUAAUGGAACAAUUGCACAUAUGUACAAUCUUGUACACAAUGGUGAUGCUAGGAAUUGUACACUCAAUCAUUGGUCUAUUUAUCCUGUCGAUUCUGUUAAAGUAGUUCCAGCUAGUGAUAACAGAAUUGAUGGCUGUAGGUUUCAAGUUAUCUCGAAUCGCUCUGAUAAAAUACACAUGGUGCAAAAAAUUAAUGAUGAGAUGAUGGAUAAUCUUAUAAAUAAGGGUCGUCAAAAUUUCGAAGUACGUUUUCGCAUAGGUGGAAACACAACUGGAACGCAGAGUUGGACCGAUAGUUUUCCGAUUUUUCUCAAUGUUUCUGAGAGAACAAGUAAAGAACAUUUCCUUGAGAUAGCUUUCAGUACUCGUCCAAGUUCAUAUUCAAUAAACAAAAUGGCUACAUUUCAUCAAUAUAGUCUGAUAACUGAAUAUUUUAUGUGGAACAACGACCGAUCUCUUGAACUAGUUGUUAGUUUUCCUAAUGGAACACUAUUUGAUAAUAUUGAAUUGUAUUUAGAACGUGAUAUUAUUUUAAAAGAUCGAUAUGCUUAA